AUGUGCUACCUGCAUCAUGCACCGGUGUCUCGUGCAUCUGUGACUCGCCGUCUUCUAUCUCGUACAUCAGUUGCUGUGUCUAUAAGGAGUGCGAUUCCGCUGACCAAGAAAGUUACUCUUCCUUCGUCUGCCGGCUGCUCGUCGACUUCAUCGACCACUUCCUCGUCGCUUUCCUCUACAACCACCUCUUCCACGACGUCUACUGGACACGCCAUCCCGACAUCCAGUUCUAUUGGGACGAGUUCGUCGAACUCCGGGUUAUCCACCGGCGCCAAAGUAGGCAUUGGAGUCGGCGUCGGUGGUAGCAUCUUCCUGAUACUACUUGCCCUCUUACUAUGGUAUCUAAAGCGCCGUCGUGGCCGGGAUCUAGGGAAGUCUGCGACUGUGGCUACCCACAAGCCGGCCGGAGACGAUGUUGGAGGUCAGGGCUUCGGCACAGGCCUGCGGACACAGGCGCAACCGAUUGUCUCGCUCGGAUCGACGCCCCCGGACUUGGGUGGCGCUAAUCACUGUGGUCACUGCGGUACACCAAUCACGACACCAUUCUGCACACGGUGUGGUAUGCCGUCAAAGCUCAAGGGUCAUACAAAUUUCGCAGCACCCCAGGAAAUAGGCCUUACUGAUACCCCAGCGCGACAGGAGAUAGACUCUGCAGAUGUCACAGCACCGCAGGAGAUAGGCGCAACAGAUGCCGUAGCACUACAUGAGAUGGAUACCGGGUACUCAAAGGCAGACCAAGGUGACAACAAAUAUCUCGCUUCUCGGGCUACAAGGCAAGGACCUUUAGUCCCGAUUCACGACUCCCAGAAAGGACAAGCUGAAACCGCAAAUAUUGCAGUACCUGCCCUGGAGCACUCAUCAAUGUCGACCUCCGCCGAUGCAAUAUGCACAAUGUGCAACCUUCCUGGAGUAAAUAUUUGUGCUGGUUGUCGAUCUUCACGAUACUGCUCUAACGAAUGUCGCGAUCGAGAUUGGCCUACUCAUAAGCUUCUCUGCGAUUCAUUCAACCACUUUAUCACCUCACCACUUUCCACAGACCGAAAUGUCACGUUCAAGCGGGCGAUUCUUUUCCCUGCGGAUGCAGAAACACCUCGCUUCGUGUGGCUCAAAUGUACCCUGGACCCAAAGGGAUUCGAAUAUGAUGAUUCCGGCAGUAUGCUAGGUGAUGGACAUGCCUUCCCCGGCCGAAAUUCGAUGAAAAGAAAUCCCGUCAGAGAAAAGGAACUUGAUUACAACAUCGAAAUUGUCCAUCGCGACGACUUCAAGCACGAUGGAUCAAGAAUCAACCAAAGUAUCCUGACAGCAACUCAACAGAAGACGGCAUAUCCCUGGGCCGGCAACGUUGUGGCAGUGAGGCGUGAAGGAUCGCGGUCAAAUCCCGGUGUCGUUGGAAAUAUGACUAUGGAAGACUUUCGACAUACUACGGAUUAUUUUUCCGCUUAUGCUUCAAAUCCACAGGACUUCGGUUCCUCUCCGAAGCAGAUUCGGCAAAUGGAUAUUUACGACCACCCAGGCAUUUUGGCGUAUUUGAAAAAGAACGUGCACUAG